GCAGCUGAGCUCGGCAAAGCGGCGAGUCAACACGCAGGUACCGACUGCGUUGCAGUGGCGCUCAGCUGAUCGCGAUAUGUUGACAGCCUGGCAGCCUGAGACAUAGCGCUGCGUGGGCGCUGGCGUUACUGAACAGUGAAUGAGCAAAAUUAAGUGUGUAAACAUCUUUUUCCAGUGAAGUGGCGAUAUAUCUUCAAGAUAAUGCGUUAGCAGAAUAUCUAUGUAGCAAAAACUGAAUACUCAUGUGUAGUGGCUAAACAUUGUUAGAGCGCAUGGACGAAAUGAAACGUGUGGCAUGUUCGUAGCGUAAUAUUUGAUUAUAUGUUCAUAAACUGACGUUGCGGUGUGGGAACUUUUGUAUCUAAAUACCUACACGAAACAGUGACGUGAAAGUGACAUGAAAUCCAAGUUUCUCAUCUAUGAUCGAGGAUGUAUUUAGCUGGUUAUUUCAACUAAUGUGAAACUGGGAGAAUUUCAUCUUUAGUGAAACUACAACGUUGAAGUUUCUGAGAACGCUAGAAACAGAACUUUAGCCCUCGCGACUGAGUGUGAAGUAGUGCGUCGACUUUCUGACCUCGAUUGUGGUAAUGGUUGGAAUGUGUUACUUAUUAGUGUUGUAAAAAAGAAAUGUCUACGGGAAAGCGACUUGCCAAACGUUCUAUAAUCGGAACGAGAGUUUGCGCCCCAAGAGAUGACGGGAAGUAUUAUUCAGGUGUCAUACAGGCAGUCAAAUCUACGGGUAAUGCUCCGGACGAUGAGAGUUAUUACACGGUACGCUUUGAUGACCCUGGUCCCCAACAGAGAUUUCUUGGCGAAUACAGAGAGGCGGACCUCGUUGGUCCGGGCUUCAGAACAGUAUCUGGUCUGACUCUGGUGGCAGGACAACGCGUGUAUCUCACUUACAACGGGCGUGAAGUAAGCGGGAAUGUGAUAACUCACAAGCCUCGCAUCGACGAGCUUCUCAUCUCCAUAUCACCUCCGGGGCAAGAGGCGCUGGAGGUGCGGAAGCGGCUGGAGGAGGUGCGGCUGCUGGAGUCCCGUAAGUCCGCGCGGCUGCAGGACCAGGACACGGACUUCGCGCGCCUCGCCGACAUGGCGGGCGACCGCCGCAAGGCGCCCUCCGGCUCCAUCGACGUGCCCCUCUCCAACGGAAGCCCAGGACCGAUCCGGGCGUCUGCGCGCAGGAUGUCCUCCCGGCGCACGUGGAAGUUGUACGUGGACGCGCGCGGCGGCCUCGCCGGAACGCGGAAGAGACGGCCCAGCAUGUCGCACGCCGACGACGCCAAGGAGCUGGACUUCAUGGACGAGUGUAUGGCCGCGCUGGUGCUCAUGAGGCUCUCCUGCAGCCCGCACUCGCCCAACAUGAGAGGCCCGUCGCCGAGCCCCGGGUCGGACGCGUCGGGCCGCAGCGGCACGCCCUCGCCGCCGCUCAGCGACGCCGGCUCCGCCCCCGGGUCGACGGCGGCGCUGUGGGCGCACCUCAACGCCGACGAGGGCAUCGUGCUCGACGACUUCGACGACCUGCCCAAGCGCAAGAAGGCAAUCCGGACAACAGUGUACCACUGCACCUGGCCUGGCUGCCUGGCCAUGACCACAACCUGUGCUGCCAUUGAAUCCCAUGUCCGAAAAGCACACCUUGGACGACAAAAUGGACCAGAGAAUGGCAAAGACUGGGAUCAUGAGGAAGAAUUUUACUACACAGAGGUAGAGAUUGGGCUACAUGCAUCAUCACCACCUACACUGUCACACCGUGACAUGGCACGUCCACCCUAUGAAGACCCAGAGUACCAAAAACAGUUGAAGAAUGGUUACCACAAAGCAGGACCCAUCAACAUUCCUGCCGGCAACUAUUCUUCAUCAGCAUCAUCCUCACCGAAUUCACCUCUGAAACACCUGAAACUGAGCCCUCGUUCGGAGUCCAGUUUUCCCACAUCAACUACAAGCAAAUUAUUAUCAGGGAGCCCCACACGCAAAAUGCGAGGAGAAACAAAGAAGUGUCGAAAAGUGUACGGGAUGGAACAUCGAGAACUGUGGUGUACGCAGUGCAAGUGGAAGAAAGCGUGCACUCGGUUCGGUGACUAAAUUUUAAAGCUGUGAGCUGGUUCAGAACUGCUGAGCUUCAGUAUUAAAGUGCACUUUAAAGUGAAAAUAAAACAGAUUUAUGGUACAUUUUUGCCGAUGAAUUACUGUUUUGACAAAGCACAAAUUUUAUAAUUGAGUCUUUUAUUACUGCCUCGAUGAUUAUAGAACGCACUUGUGAUGCUUUCACAGUGGCUGCAGAAAUGUGUAAGAGGAGGUCUGUGUUCACGAUGUGAACUAUCUUCCAGGCCUUUGGGUUUCAAUUACAGUAACUGUAAUACAGAAAACAUUUUUUAAAUUGGUGUUCUGCGUAUUCAUUCCCAUCAAAAUGAAUUGCCUAGUUGAGAUCUUGGGUGUGAUUUAAUAUUUUCAGAGGCAGAACACCUAUGGUCUGGAUAUGUGAAUACAUAUGGAGCAAAGAAGUUAUUUAUGUUACAUCAUGUUAGUGAUUUUGAAGGAUUUAUAAUGAAUUCUUACAUUUUCAAACAAUAUUUGUUAUUUUAUAACAAAGUGUACAGAUUUGUUAAUUUGUAUGCUCAGUUCUGUGAACAGGCUGUAAUAUAUUAUAUUUGAACUUGAGGGACAUUAUAAUACAAAUAAAUGAUUCAAAUGUUUUUGAGAUACUAAGAUAUCUCUGAAUGACCUGAUGUCACUGCCCAUUUAAUUCCGUGCCUGUGAUUGUAUGAACUGAAAGUGAUAUUAAAGAUGAUUUUAUACAUUUUUAAGAGAUGUAAUAAGAUACAGAGAGAUACUCUUUGACAAUGUUAUAAAUUUAGCACUCUUUUAAACAUCAUAGGAACAAAGAAAAAGCACUACUAUUUCAGAUUUUUUUAAAAAAAUGUUAAUAUUGUCAAAGAGCUGUUUUUCAGUUGUGCUGCAAAUGCAGAUAUUUUAAAAAAAAGUAUAGUUGUUAAUGAUGUUAUUGCCAAAAAACUCAAAUAUAAUGAUGCUGAACUUCAGUUAUUUGUAUAUUUCCUGCAUUAAUUAAGUUUCCAGGUGUGAUCCACAAAUACAGUCCAUAUUUACUCGUUUUUAAGGAUUGAGAGAGAGGAAGGAAGGAAGGAAGGAAAGAAGGAAGAUGGGAUGUGGCAAUAUAAAGUGUCUGAUGUGGUGCUGACAAAAUUGUUCUAAGAGUUUUCACUCACCCUGUACAUGUACUGAUCCUUCGUGUUAAAAUGUUGUAGCCAUUAAAACUGUUCACAGUAUCUGGAUACUUAGGGUUAUUAUGAAUAUCCUGUUCACUUAAAUUCAGUUGCAGUUAUAUUCUGAUGUUAUCUUAAUGUGUAUUAGUAUCACAAUGCUCCUAAAAGUAAAGUAUGGUUGUUUACUGGGUCUCUUAUUAUUAAUGUUCAGCAUACACUUAUUAGUACCUGUUUGUUUUGUCAAAUGGCAUACAGUUAUCAACUAUUAUCUUAAAUCACCAUGCUUAGGUAGUACAUUUUUCAAGAAACACUUCCAAAUAUUAAUUUACAUAUGGCUAUGAUUGAUAUCCUUGUGGAUACAUUAUUUAAAAACCUUAUAUUUUAAAUGUUUUAGUCACUUUUCACUCAGUGCCUACUUUAUUUCAGUGGAAUUGCCAUGAAGAGGGCUAUGCUCCUGUACUGUAAUAUGUGAUAACUGUCUAAUUGCUGAUGUUACAUUUUGAAUUGCAUAAUCUCUUUGUAACAAGUAAAGGCGCAUAAAAGAAAAUGUGAUAAAGGAAACAGAACCAUUACUGGCAGAGAGAGAAACAAGUUUUUAAUUUCUUUCUAUCAAACUGGAACUGAAAUCUUCUGAUGAGGGAUAUGGAAUGAACUUUGGACAAAAUUAACAUUGAGGACCAUCAAAAUAACUAUUUCACACCAAGGCAGACAUUGAGAAAUGGCUCAUUCAGAGAAAUAUUUCUGAUGUCAACAUAUUCAUACUUUUUAAAUUUUGAAUCAUUGUAGUUUUUUCUCUCUGAUAUCCCUUAAAGAUACGAUUUUUUUCUUCAGUUUUCAUCUCUAAAGAGUAAACUUUUCCCUUUCAAAAGUAUGACAUUUGGUUCGCACUGUUGGAAUGUUUUUACCGAUGUCUCACUGUGUCCAUUCUCUCUGACACGGCAGUCUUCUUUCAGAGAGUAUCUGAUCAUUAUCUUCAAGCUAGGACUCCCAUGUAUGUGAAGGAUGCUAUCUGCGUACUAGUUUUACAUAAAAUACAAAGUGUUAACUUAUUCACAAGUAACUCUAGGGUUUCAGAUGAUGACUGCAAGGCAUACAUAAAAUACACAUACAUUAAUGUAUAGAGCAGUCGUCCAAGUUUUUAACUCAUAUUAUAGGUGCUCACUAUAUGCACCACUUAUAAUGCAACAAACAUCAUUACCUACAUGCGUGAGUGACAACUGCCUGCUCUUGAAAUCUCUUCAGCGAGUUGCUUAUCUGCGAGUGUGAACUAGUUUGAUGCAACAAUAUAAAGUGGCUACCUGUCUACAUGUUCUGACAAGCCUGCACCCUAUUGGUGCACUCUGUUUUAUAACAGUUCUCUGUCCUACAUUAUGAACUGAAACUUGGAGAGAUACCCUAUCCACUGGUCUGUGUCAUUUUUAUGUAUGUUUCAUAGUGUUGAAACAGUUGCCUUCUGAAACCCAGAGGUACUUAUAACCAUUGAUUCAAGAAAAAGAGUAUUACUAUUUAAAUAAUACUGAAAAUGAUGACAUUACUUUGACACAGUGGAUUUUAUAACAUGAGAUUAUUUUAUAAUACAAGAGAUGAGUAGACAGUAUUGAAAUAUUUUAAUUAAUUUUGCUCAUUAGAUAUGCCAAGUAAUCAUAAUAAUCACUAGUGAUGCAACAAGGAUGUUCUAAAACCAUACAGAUUUCUCACUCAACAAUUUCUGAUUUACAUCUCUAACAAUGAACAUAAUAUACAAGUAUAUUCACCUCCUUGAUGCUGUUGCUUAGCGAAGAUCUAUUUGAUUAGAAAGCUUUCCCAGAAAUCCAGUUGCCAUUUAUUUUCUUUAGUUGAGUCUUUCAGAAAAUUUAAUGUUGCCUUAUGCACUGUCUCACACAAUUUGAUUCUUUGGCAGAUAGUUGUUUGGAUGAUUUUAUGUCUCCACAUUUUUAAAGACUUAUUAUCUUCCAUUUGUUAGUUGAGAACACACAGUUAAGAUCCUGCUAUGGAUCAGGCCCACUCUUACCUGCUGUAGACUUGCAAUAUCUGAUAAAGUUUAGUAGUUAUUUAGAAAUCAAGAAAGAGUGUCUAAUUUUAUCAUUGAUAAAAGCAAAUGAGUCCACAUUCAGUAUACUGUAGUUUUGUGUGUUCUUUUCUUAUUUCCCUCUUUUACACCCCUAUUCCACUUCCAAUGAGCAAAACCUAAUUGUAUACACAAUAGUUUGGAUCUUGAUACAUGAGAAAGACAGUUGUGAGGAUCAGUGUCUGAGGUUGCAUUAGAAUAUGGGGGUCUAGUUGAAGAAAAUUCUGACUGUGUGAAAUCUGUAUUUAUCUCUGUUAACUGAACCUGACAUUUCCUUUUCUUAAAUUUUGCUGCUAUACAAUAACAUGCUUAAUGAAACAAAAUAUGGAAACCAAAAUUUAUGUUCUAAAAUUAUUUUUCAGAUUGAUCUGUUUUAAUUCAGCUGGUUGUAGAACAGUCAGCGACAGCAGUACUGAUUUAUUUAAUAUAAAAUGGGUUCUGUAAUUCAUACAGACAGCUACAACUAAAGCAAAAUGUGCUCAGCCAAACAGGAAGGAGUUCAUAAAUCUUGCCUCUAACUGUUUUAAGAAAAUCCCUAUGCAGCCCAGGUUGUCCACGAGUGCCUUAGGAAGUGUUGCCUUAUAUUUUUCUUUUUUGAGUUGUGUGGUCAGUUACACAGAAAUACCUGAUUAUAAAGGAAUAUGAAUAUUUCUUUGACCAGCAUUUUAAAGUAAUUUUGCUUAACUGACUUAGGCAGCAGCAGAUAUUGUAAAAAACAUUAAUAAACAUAUCUUACUGUGUGGCUAUUCAUAUAUAUUUAAUGUAACAGAAGUGAAGAGAAUAAGUUCCUAUUGAGCUGUAAGCUGAAAGUCAGAAAUGUGCAUAAUUUUUAUGUCAGUUCAAAUUGUCUAAUUGUAAACAAAUGCACAGGAGCUGGUGAGCUUUCUGUCAGGGCAUGGACCUUGCAAGUUAACUGACUGUGUUAAAGAAUGAGUGCACAGUACUUCACAAAAGAGAAGUGCAGUAUUGUUGUGAAGUGUAAUAUUGCAAACUUAUCUUUCAUUUUAGGACUCCGAAGUUAGCGUUAAUGGAAUGAGGACUACAUCUCGUCCACUUUAGAUACCAACUUAAAUUUUAAACUAUGUGAAAACCUUAGUAGAAGCCCAUUUCAAAUUUAACUGCUGCUUCACUUCUUUCUAGCUUUGAUGAAAAACAUGUCACUGUACCAGGAACUCACUUCUGCUUGAUGUAAAAUCUUAUCCAUUUGAUGCAAUAUAUUCUUUAUUAUUGACUGAUAUGAUUCUAAAGGUAUGUGAGUAAUGGGGAUUGUGAACGCUAUUGAGUCACAAAAAUGUCUUAACAGUAAAGAGUAGUCAGUUGUGUGCUUUUUAUUGCAAUGCGACAAAAGAUAGUUUGACAUUCCUAACUCUCACCCCCCCCCCCUCCUCCUCCUCCUCCUCCUCCUCCUCCCAACACUAAAUUUUGAGGGGAGAAAAAAAAGAUGAACUGAAUUUGUAAUUGAUAGGUGAUUUUUCUUGGACAUUUGUUCCUGAAUGCCUUUUCAAUGAAUGAAUAUUUUCUGUAUUUGGGUUCAGAUUCUCCUUAUUUAACAUUUGUAAUUGUUUUCUGUGUAAUUAUCUUAUUUCAUUGUGUAAUUGAUGCAUAUAUAUAUAUAUUACUCAUAAUUAGUAAUUUAUGAAAUUUCUCUCUCUCUCUCUCUCUCUCUCUCUCUCUGUAUCACUGAAAAGUAUGCUUUUGACAAUUAGAAAAGAAUUUAGGUGUGGAACUCUGUUGUGUGUUAGUAGUGGGUUAUAAGUCCUAUCACUACAACAUGUUUGCUUAUUGUAAGCUUCAUACCCCAGACUUUAGUACAUCCUGUUUACUCAUGGUGGGUGUAAGAAGCAGUAGACUAUAAUGAGCAAAUUUUGACAUUGCAGUUAUGUGCUUGAUAAUCUGUAACUUAUGUUCUAACACAUUAUUUUCUAUUUUAAAAGUUUCUGUUGCUACUCAAAACUUCUUUUCUAUUUGAAACACACAUCAAAAUAAGAAGCCAAAUUUUAACAAAUCCAUUUCAAAACUGAAAAAAAAUUACUGUAAAUCCUUUGCACUAUUAGUCUAUGUCUCAUAUCAUCUACAAUUCAUGAAUUCUUGUCCAGGUCCCUUCCAAUGAUUUUACACUUAAGCUUUAAUUGCAUUUUAAGCUGCCUAAAUUUUAAAUGUUGAAACAAGUGAUGAGUGAAUCUGCUGUAAACCAUUCGUGGCAUCUGUUGCUCCUUCUUGUUGCUGAGUAGUGCUCCGAGAGAGUGUUUUAUGUUCCUGGCUUCUUCAUGUCUUGUAAAUAAAUCUCAUGAUACUCGCAUAACUUUCUUAUACAUUUGUAUCUAAAAUUAAGUUUCAUAGUCUCAGUAUAGUAAAAUUUCGAGCACAGUUUGAACAAGAAAACAGACAAAUUAUGUUCCAGAUCAGAUUGUAUUCAAAAUAAAAAGUUUGUAAAAACAAAAGAAAGUUAGACAGAACAUGAGAUGGAUUAUCUUUAUUGUAAAACUUUCAAUGAGGCAUGUGUGUGUUUCUCUCUGUGACAAAUUCAUCCAAUGAAGUUGUUAUAUAUUUGUGUUUAAAAGAAAUUUAUUUUCUGAAGUCUGCUACCUUAUUAAUGAUUGAUCUCAUUUUUAUCUGAAAUUAUAUGCAGACAAAAUGUAAAAGUACAAUUAUGGCUCAAUAAAAAUGUUUUUAGAGUUA